AUGCUAGGAUUGUUAGAAACAAAGAAAGCGAGUUUGGCUAAAUCUGAUGUUGUGCAACUUUGGGCAAAUGAUGCAGUUAGUUGGGAGUUUGUAGGGGCGGAAGAGGCGUCAGGAGGCCUGCUGUUGAUGUGGGAUGAAAUGGUUUUUAAGAUGGAUAAUUGUUAUAAAGGAGAUAGAUGCUUAUGUGUGAAGGAUGUGCUGGUAAAAAAUAAUUUAUGUUGUGCGUUCUGUCUGGUAUAUGGUGCGCAUGCAAGAGAAGAAAAGCUGCUUGUGUGGGAAGAGUUGAGUUUCUUGUCUAGGCUUUGUCAAGCACCGCUGUGCUAUCUGGGGGAUUUUAAUGAGGUUACGCAAGUGGAAGAUAGAAAAGGAGCAACUGCUUUGUUGUUGUAUGCAACCGAGUUCAAAUCAUGGAUUCAGGAUAUAGAGUUAGUGAACCUUGCAUUGACUGAUCAUAAGUUCACUUGGUUCAGGGGCCAGUUGUGUAGUCAUAUUGAUCAGGUCCUUGUUAGUUUGGAGUGGUUAGAAGAGUUUCCUAAAACUAUACUGAAAGGAGGACCUAGAGGUUUGUCAGACCAUUAUCCUCUGAUUAUAGAUGUCACAAGGGUGAGAAGGGGGCCGAGACCGUUUCGAAGCCUGAAUUCUUAG